UAUAUAUACUGUAUAUAUAUAUGUAUGUACGUAUAUUUCUAUUCAUACUAAAUUUAUAAUUAAUUAUUUGUUACACAUGAAUUAAAUAAAAAAAACAUGAAAUCAGAUACAUCAUCAUUUGGUCAACCGUCAACCGUUAAAUACGAAUCAGCUUUAAUAGAUCCCCCUGAACUAGAGGAUCAAGAAGAUACUUUACUCGAAAAAAUAAAAACAUUAAUGUCAAAGAUGGCCGAAUGGAUAGAAUAUUUACUUCAAUUUGUACCAUUUGUUAAUAGCAGAAAGAAGAGAGAUGUAAGACAAAAAGAUACUGAAAAAUUUGAAAAGAAGAAAUUAAAAAUAUUCAUUGGUACAUGGAAUAUGCAUGGGAAAUUACCUCCUUAUAAUCUCAAUCCUUUUAUCGAACCUCCAAGUACAAAGCAUGAAGUAAAAGACUUAUAUUUAAAAAGAAAUCAUAAUCAUCCUUAUCAUAUUUUGGUUAUUGGUACACAAGAAUGUCAACAUAAUAUUAAACAUUCGGUUCUAUUUCCUUCUAAAGAAGAAUGGGAACAAAGAUUAAAAACUUAUUUAGGAGAUGAUUAUAUUUUAGUUAAAACUGAAACUAUGGCUGCUUUACAUUUGGCAGUAUUUGUUUGGGAACGUUGUAAAGAUUGGGUAAAAGAUUAUCAACAUGGAGAAGUUCCAACUGGUUUUGCAAAUUUAUUUGGAAAUAAAGGUGGAAUUGGUAUUUCUUUAUUAUUUGGUAACACUUCUCUUUGUUUCAUAAAUAGUCAUUUAGCUGCACAUCAAGAUAAAGUUAAAGAAAGGAAUCAUGAUGUGAAAAAGAUUUGUAAAGAAUUAAAAUUGAAAGGAUUUUCUCCUUCAGAUAAAGUAUUCACAAAUGUUACGGAUAGAUUUGAUUAUACAUUUUGGUUUGGUGAUAUGAAUUAUCGUGUCGAUUUAGAAAGAAGUCGUGUUGAUGAUUUAAUCAGACAAAAUGAUAUUGAAACUUUAUUAAAAAGUGAUCAAUUAUCGUAUGAGUUGAAAUCAUUUCCAUAUUUUAAAGGUUUUAAUGAAGCCCCUUUAAAUUUUUAUCCGACAUUUAAACUUGAUAUAACACAUAGAGUAAGCCAUUAUAAUCAAGAACAUCCACCAUUAAUAAGUUAUCAAUCAUCACCCGCAUUAAUUGAAUCAGGCACUUUACGUUAUGAUUCUUCUGAUAAACAACGUGUACCAAGUUGGACUGAUAGAAUUUUAUGGAAAUCAAGAAAUAUUAAGAAAAAAGUUGAUGUUGAUGUUUUAUCAUAUACUUCUCAAAUGAAUGUCGUUGGAUUCUCUGAUCAUAGACCUGUUACUGGUUGUUUUCUUGUAGAUUUUGAUUGGAAUCAAGCUUCACAAGAAGCAAAGAAAAAAUUAAAAUCUAGAAAGAAAAGAAGGAGAUUUUUAUUAUACAUUUAAAAUAAUUUACAAAAAGACAUUUAUUUUAUAUUUUUAAUUAAUUAAUUUUUGUUAUUUGUAUUUAUAUUUGAUAGAGUAUUUUUUAUGGGCUGGUUUUUUAGAAUUUUUUUUUAUUGUAUUUUUAUUAAUAAAGCUGGAUAUUUUUGAUCUCGUG